CCAGGAUUCAAGUCACAGAAUCUCAUCUAUGAUAGUUGCAAUCAAUUUUAGUGGUAUACCUAACUUAAGUACCUAUCGCAGAGUCGCAUCUACGAUAGUUGCAAUCAAUUUUAGUGGUACACCUAACUUACGUACCCUGCUCGCUGGGGGAGCAUAUCCAAUUCAACGCACAACGGGACGGCAAACCUCUUCAAUUUGUAAAGCGCAUUUCCUGUCAAACUCAAAGAGCUGCUACGCGUUCUAUAUCAGAUCGAGGCGGCCUCGACCAAUUUGCUUACUCCGUACGUAUCUACAAGGUUCUUGAUAUUGUAUAUAAGUAAUCAUGUGUGUGCCUUUCUAUCUAUACUUUGUAAGUCCUAUGGCGGUAGCCGCUUCCACCGUUUAUGCUUCGGCGUCGGCUUUCCCUUGGGAUGAUCAUGGCGGUGUGGAACCAGGCGAAGCCUUCGAUUGUAACGCUGCGGCUUUUGCUGCGGGGAGCGUGCUACGGGAGUAUCUGGUCCGCUUCACGACCAAGUCUUCAGCAUCGUCGUCCUCGUCUACUACUACUUUGACAUCUUUCCCUUUUGUACAACAACUGGGGACCAGCUCCAGGCCCGUGACGUCAACACCCUCGACCCCCACUACACAAUCUUCUAUCGUAAGGAAAAUAAUUAAAUCCCCCCUCCCCAUAUCGCAAUUUCCUGAUGCUGCAAUUAUUGGCCCAACAGACUAGACGUUUGCCAUGCUCAGCGCCUAGCCCAAAACGACCUCUCUACUCCUCAGGCUUAGUAUAGGCCUUUACUACUCUCCAGCAAGGCAAAAAAUUUUGCGACAACGUUAUAUUUAAUACAACUGCUGCGUCAGCAGGAGAUGAAACUUCGUUUUGAUAGUACGGGUAGGGGGGAGCGGGAAAAAUUUUCCUUUUGAUACUACCAAGAGCAGCUACCUUGGCAUUUCUAUCGCAGUCGCUGCCGCCUCAGCUCGUGGACGAUCUCAACAACUAUCCUGAUUAAGAACGUACCCACACCAGAGUCAAGAUGGGAUUUUUGCAACACAAACCUAGGAGUUUUGGGAGUCACGCAUAACAAGUUUCAGUCCGUAAGGUAGUGCAAGUUAGCAAGGAAAGCCGCAUCACAAAUCGAUCUGCUGAUCCUGUUUACAGCAUUACAAGUUCCCAAACACGCUUGAAAAUGCCUGUCAUGGGGUUGCGCAUCACAAAUGUUCCUGUCAUGGCAAAUCUGCAUGACAACUCUGGUGUGGGUACGUUUUUACUCAGGAUAACAACCGUCCCUUGUUUAGGGAAGUCGGCACCUUCGCGGACCAGGACCGGACGUCGUAUGCAAAUGCUGGCGCUCACCAGGACCAGGACCUAACCUCUAUCGACGACCAACUCGCAGC